AUGAGCAAUUCAAAUUCAACCAAUACUGGAAUAACAGAAUUUUUAGAUUCAAUUUAUAAUCCAAUCAUUUCACCUGAAUUUCAUCAAAAUUUAAAUCAUGACCUUUCUAGAAGACCUUUCGUUACAUUAACUUAUGCUCAAUCUUUAGAUGGUAAGAUUGCUGGUGUAGAUGGUAGACAAUUAAGAUUAAGUGGUAAUCAAUCUAUGAAGAUGACUCAUAUUAUGAUAUCUAAUCAAGAUCGACAAAGUUUAGAGGAAGCUGGAGCUCGAGUGAUUCCGAUCACAAACGGAAUGAACCCUUCUAACCAAGGAUUAGAUUUAGAAAAAGUCUUUGAAGUUUGUAAAAUCAAUGGAAUCAAUCGUUUAAUGAUCGAAGGUGGUUCUUCAAUCAUUUCUUCAUGUUUAAAUUACACUGGAGAUCAUCCAAUCCUCAACAUCUUGGUGGUCACCGUCUCACCCUACAUGGUCGGUGAAGGUCUCACAGUCAAAACUUCCAACAUUGAUUCUAGACUAUCACUUCUGCGACACAUUCAGACCAAGAUAUUGGGUAGUGAUGCUGUCUUUGCUUACACAUCCAGUAACCCUGAAUAA